AGGAGAAUGAAGGUAUUGGAGAUUUGGGCCUGAGCAGUGGUGAGAGCAGAAGAGGCAAGGCUGCAUGUCGGAGAUGGCAGAGUCUGACAAAGCAGAUGUGUUGGGAACAGUUAGCAGGAGAUCCAGCAGGUCAAGGGGAGGCCAGGGCCUCCUCGCUCCCCCAGCCAAGGCACCCAGCCCACAGGGACCCAGGUGACACAUGACACCAGGGCAGCCACAGGCCCUCCUGGGACAGGGACCCCCUCAGCCGAGGCAGCAGCUGCUGCUGCAGCUGGUGACAUUUCACUCCAGGAGAGUCCUGGCUUCAGAGUCCGCGCGGGGGAAGCAGGAGGAGAAAAGAGGUUUGGAGAGGACAGGCCGGAUUGGGGAGGGAGCCAGAGCAGGGUGGCCGCCAGAGGACCAGGCAGCCAGAGGUGGCUUAGCCGAGGUGCGUGGGCCUCACAGGUCCGGGAGCAGCCACCCUCAUCCUGCAGUCCCCAAGGAACAUAGGAGGAGGUGCGGGAACCCUCGGGCAGCCCUAGGCUCCCCCUAGGGGACUGAGGUUGGGCCUGCUGCCCACAGCCCUGCCCACUUUCCCCAGAUGUCCAGCAAAGUGACCAUCAGUGGUGACAUUGGGCAGGCCUGCCAGGCAGUGGAGCAGCUCCGGAUGAAGGUGGGCAUCAACCGAGUGAAGGUGAGGAUCGGGGCCAGUGCAGAGUGGGAAGAGGUGGAAACACAUGGGCCAGGGGACAGGUACAUGCCCGUGUCUGAUCUGACUGACCCAGUUGGUCUGCAGGUAUCCAAGGUGGCCGCCGAUCUGCUGCAGUUCUGCACAGAGCAGGCCAAGAGCAACCCCUUCCUUGUAGGCAUCCCAGCCGCCACGAACCCCUUCAAGGAGAAGAAGCCCUGUGCCAUCCUAUGAACCCAGGACAAUGCCACCCUGUGGCCUGGGCAAACCAGGGGACCUCAAUAAACAUGAAGUGAAUAAUUCUCAGGGCAUGGCUGAGCCCGGCUGAGAUGGGAGACCAGAGGGACUUUGGGCUUGCAAGGGCCAGGUACACACCUGGCCCAGCCUCCCUCCCCGGCCUGACCCCAGGGUCACAGCCACAGCAGCACACACAGACCCUAGAGCCCCAGACGGAGAACACGCCAUCCCCCUUGCCGUCCCCAGCACUCAUGGGAUAGCCUGAGCAGUUACCCUUUCAAAUGGCCAGGAUUUCAGUCAUAAUCUACACACCACACACAUCACACAUCACACACACACACAAGUGACAUCAUAGACCCAGGUGACCAUGAUCCCCAGGAAUCUCCCUCUUCAAAUAAACACACAGCAACAGCUGACACGCACCCCCCAGCCCAGACUU